UAUUAGUCGAGGACUCAUCGCCGGGCAAUGUACGGGCAUAGAUUUUCCUCACAGAUUCUCACUAUCUCAAAGUUCCGAUUUCUGCAAUAAAGACGAUGUAGAGAGGUGGCGAGUGGCGUUGCGGAGCUGUCCCAAAAGUCGUCCCCACUGAUCCAAGUUUAUCGACAAUCUUGUCUUCAAGUUAGAUUCUGGCGACGGGGCGUCCUGACCGACCUUGAUGAGGCCAUCGAGCUCCAUCGGGCUGCAUUGGAGCUCCAUCCCCCUGGCCAUUCUUAUCGAUUCGCGUCUCUCCAGGGGCUGGCUCUCAACUUUUGUGUCAAAAUUCGAACAGCUAGGUCUAUCGCCAGUUUUGGACGAGGCUUUCAGGUUUUAUUCACAACCCUCACAAGUAUCUCAUACAGUCUCUCUUAGUAAUAUUGAUGCUGCCAAGUCAUGGGCUACCUCUGCGGAACAGUUCCACCACGGCUCUGCCUUACUCGCCCAUCAAACUGUCCUAAGAUUCCUCGCUGCGCGUUGCCGCUCUGUCGUCCUUCUCACGCCAUUUCGAUGUGAUGAAGAUAGAUUUAUUAUCCUUUGCAAACGGAUGUGUUUUCGUGCAGUGUUCGCAAUGGUUUUUCACUACUGCUGUCGAACUGGUGGAACAAGGUCGUGGAGUAUUUUGGACCCAGUUGGAGCACUUCUGCAUACCACUGGAUAAACUUUCCAUGUCUGGUGACGCUGGUGCAACCUUGGCAGCAGAGUUCAAGCAGCUCAGCCUUCGCCUUUACAACACGUUCUAUGGGUCUACUGAAGAUCAGUCCCAACACAUCCGACAGAUGACUGUGCAAUAGGAUGAUGUCAUCUCACGUAUCCGCACGCUACCUCAUUUUUCCCGUUUCCUCCUGCCUUCGCUGUUGGCGUACCUCCAGCAGACGGUAGAAGAUGGUCCAGUCAUCGUCGUC